AAACUUCCCUUCUUUCAUGGAACUUGUUCUACAGUCUCUGUCAUACUGUCCAAGGUUUAUAGUUGUGCACUACGUUUAAGGUUCAUGCUUCAUAAGUUUUAACCUAUUACAGCCUGAUAAUCAAGAACGCUGUUCAACAAUCUUUGUUGCAGAGAUGGAGUCGGACAAGACUCUGUUGUGGUCGAUGAUGUGUUUCAUGUUGCUGCAAUCCAGAACGCUGCCCGACCUUCUUCACCAAGUUUACAAGCUCUGGAAGAAGUACCGAAAAAAUUUAAGUGCAUACACCAACAUAGAAAUCCCUCAAUACGACGAAGCCUCCGACAAACUCCACUGUCCCAACGAACUAUACCGUUCUGUGCAAAUGUAUUUGAGCAGCCUCGAUGCGACUGCAAACGCCCCCACAGUCUCCAUCACGCGCCCCAACCGAAACAAGAAGCCGGUUUUUAACCUGCCCUCUGAACACACAGUUAAGGACGAGUUCCAAGGAGCCCAACUGUGGUGGACGCACCUUGUCAAGACCGAGGAAAAGCAGUUGAGAAGUGAAAUCGAUGGAACAACCCAAGGAAAAUAUACCCUCAAAAUUUCCAACAAAGACACAGCGCGGGUUUUAUAAUCCUACAUCGACCACAUCUCAGAAUUUGCAGACAAUCUGCAGGGGCGCGGCAAGAAGAGGAAGCUCUUCAGCAAUGGCAGUAAACUGGGCUUAUCAAGUUGGAGCUCGAUGGGCAGUAAACUGGGCUAUGGAAAUUGGAGCUCGGUGGCGUUCAGGCACCCGUCCACCUUCAAAACCCUGGCCCUCGACCCCUCGCUUAAACACAAGAUUAAGCACGAUCUCGACUGUUUUCUGCAGAGCAGAGAGUUUUACCGCAAAACGGGCCGCGCAUGGAAGCGAGGUUAUCUUCUGUAUGGCCCUCCCGGUACGGGCAAGUCCAGCCUCAUCGCCGCCAUUGCUAACUACAUGAACUAUGACGUUUAUGAUCUGGAGAUCACCAGGGUGUUGGACAAUCCCAAUCUCCGUCAACUGCUGCUCGCGACCUCAAGCAAAUCUGUUAUCGUCAUUGAGGACAUUGACUGUUCAAUGUCCAGGUGUCCCUCUGAAUCUCACAAGGACGAGUCCAAAGGCGCUCGACAAGCUACGUCUGCCAUCACUCUUUCUGGUUUGCUUAAUUUUGCAGAUGGGCUCUGGUCCAGCUGUGGCGAAGAGAGGAUUAUGAUUUUUACGACCAAUCAUAAGGACCGACUCGACCCUGCCCUGCUCAGAAGUGGUCGAAUGGAUAUGCAUAUACAUCUGUGUUACUGUGAAUUUGAGGCCUUUAAACAACUGGUUUUUAAUUACUUGGAUCUGGGGGAUCACUCGCUGUUUCCUUCUGUAGAAGAGAAGAUGAAAUCCGGAGGGCGACUGACUCCUGCAGACAUAUGUGAAAUUUUUGUUCAGAAUAAAUAUAAUCCUGAUGCAGCAAUUAAGGCUCUUAUUGAUGCGCUAGAUUCGGGGAUUCCCAGUGGAAAUGAGAAUGUAAUCGAGUCUCGUGAAGAUGAAGAUGAGGGAGAAUCGUUAUCGUCUCAUAUUCAGAGGAAUAAAUACAUCAGAGGAAUAUAUCAAAGAGACGUAGAGGAAGAGCUUUGUGGGCUGUCUGCUUAAACUGGUCCAGGUAUUGUGUCAGGAGUUGAGGUUAUUUUGCCCUUAGUUUAAGAUGGGUUAAUGGAAGCACAUUACGGGUAUGUUUCUGUUUUGGAAAGGAAAUCAGACAGUCGCAUACAAGAAGUAUGGCAGCUCAUGCUUGCUUCUUGGUUCAUGUUUUUUUGUAUAGAUGGGUAGCUUCUUGGUCCAUGUUAGUGUAUGAACAAUACCAAACUUGUGAAGCAAGAUAAGAAAUUAUUGUUGAUAGACGGUAACCUCUGAUUUUUGUUGAUUAGGUAUAAGGAUC